GCCGGAGUCAGGAACAUCAGACAAACAUGGAUGUUGGACGCAAAAUAAAGACAAAAGUUUCUGCUGGCUUUAAGAUGAGGGGUCUUAUACUGCGACCUGAAGCCAGCAAGUACCUCGUAGAGGUGUUGAUGACGGUGGAGCAGUCAGAGCUCGAUGAUGUUAUUGAAAAGGUGCUGGACGCAGUAGAAAAACAGCCAUUGUCUUCUAGUAUGAUCGAGCAGUCUGUGGUGGAAAUUGCCGUGCAGGACUGCACUCAGUCUUGUGAUGAAGCCAUAGACAAUGUUUUCAACAUCAUCGGUGCCUUUGACGUACCCAGAUACAUUUACAGUGUGGAAAGGAAGAAGUUUGUGCCCAUCAGUAUGACCAACCAUCCAGCCCCCAGUCUGUGUGGUUUGGCCAAAGACAAAGCUGAACUUUUUAGGGAGCGCUACACAAUCUUACAACAGCGCACACAUCGUCAUGAGCUCUUCACCCCGCCAGCAAUAGGAACUGCUGUUGAAGAGGGUCAGAACAAAUUUCAGCUGAAGACAAUUGAAGCCUUGCUUGGUAGCACAGCCAAACUUGGGGAAGUGAUUGUACUUGGGAUGAUCACACAACUGAAAGAAGGCAAAUUUUACCUGGAGGACCCGAGCGGAACAGUGCAGCUGGAAAUGUCCAAGGCACAGUUUCAUAAUGGCCUGUAUACAGAGUCCUGCUUUGUGCUAGCAGAAGGUUGGUACGAGGACUCUGUGUUCCACGUUAAUGGUUUUGGGUUCCCACCUACAGAGCCUUCUUCAGCUACACGCACAUACUAUGGCAACAUCAACUUCUUUGGCGGCCCAUCCACCACUUCAGUGAAAGCUUCUGCCAAACUAAAGCAGCUUGAAGACGAAAAUGAAGAUGCCAUGUUUGUGAUCAUCUCUGACGUCUGGCUGGACAGCGUUGAAGUGAUGGAAAAGCUCAACCUCAUGUUUUCAGGAUAUGCCGCCAUGCCUCCUACUUGCUUCAUUUUGUGUGGAAACUUUUCCUCUGCACCAUAUGGGAAAACACAAAUCAAGUCACUCAAAGAUUCACUGAAAGCCCUCGCUGAUGCUAUUUGUGCACAUCCCAACAUUCACAGCAGUAGUCGCUUCGUGUUUGUUCCCGGUCCUGAGGACCCGGGUCCAGGCACCAUCUUGCCAAGGCCUCCCUUGGCCGACCACAUCACAGAGGAGUUCAGACAGAGGGUGCCGUUCUCCGUGUUCACAACCAACCCAUGCAGGAUCCAGUACUGUAGCCAGGAGAUCGUCAUCAUGAGGGAAGACCUGCUCAACAAGAUGUGUAGAAACUGUGUCCGGUUGCCCAACAAUAAUCUCGACAUCCCCAAUCAUUUUGUCAAGACUAUCCUGUCCCAGGGUCACUUAAGUCCACUUCCUCUGUAUGUCAGCCCGGUAUUCUGGGCCUAUGACUACUCCCUGCGCAUCUACCCAGUCCCAGAUGUCAUUGUCUUUGCAGACAAGUACGACCCCUUCAGCAUCACCAACACAGACUGCCUCUGCGUCAACCCGGGCUCCUUCCCCAGAAGUGGCUUCACAUUCAAAGUCUACUAUCCAUCCAACAAAACUGUAGAGGACAGCAAACUUCAAGGGCUCUAAAGAAAAUUAAGGAUUUGCAUGCAGAUCUGUUCACACUUGAACAUGUCUAUUAUUAUACUGGAUGUUAAAAUGAGCAUGUUAAGAUCAUGCAUUUGUUCUAUAAUUGAUAUUAAAGAUUUUAUUUGUUUUAUAAAAAAAUGUAGUAUUUCUGAUUAUGCAUAAUAAAUGGUUGUUUAUGGAUGGUUGCUGAAACUGUCGUCUUUAAAGAAGUUUGAGUACCAGUAAGCUGCCUUAAAGAUGACAGAAGAUUUUUUUUAAAGAAAAAGUUUCUUAGUGUAAAUAAUCUGUUGGAGGAUGUUCAUUGUGGUUUUAUUUUUUAUAUUCUGAAUGUUUAUGUCAAAUAAAAUCUGUGAUUUUACAAUACAUACAUUUAAAAGCCUUCUUUCAUACUCAAUUGUAGUGGCACUGGAAUGCACCAAACUUAUCUGUUUGAUUCUUUUUCUGAGAGGUUUGAUCCCAUGUCAUCCAUUGCCUAUUUUUAUAUUUUCUCCCAUAUUUUAUGAUGUAAAAAAAGUCUCCCUUGUAAAAAAUAUUUAAUUUUAAUCUUUAAAUGAAAUAGAAGUGUUUUUGGAUCAGGUUUGUUACAACUUUUGAAUAAUUUCUUUGGAAAUGUGUACAAAUGUGUGCAUCUUUGUCAUUAAUACAUAGUUUACAUAUUCAAAAUUCCUGAAAAGGGAAUUGUCUAAUGAAUGUGAUCCACUGAAAUGGUAGUGUUGAUAUCUAUUAGUAAAUUGAAAA